UGGAUUUCAUUUUCCAUGUAUACACUUUGCAGAGUUCAGAAAGAGGAAGCAUUAAGAUUUCGUGUUUCCAAGUCCGGUGAAGUCAGUGAAAUAGAGAAGGAAAUAACAGCUGAGAUUACUGCACUGGAGAAACAGAGAGAUGAACUUGAAGCACAAUUGAAACAGGUGAAUAUCUCCUUGGCUGCAGCUAAUGGACGCCUUCAAAAUGCUAGAGAGGAGAGGGACCAGUUCUAUGAUGCUAAUGAUCAGAUUGUUGCCCAUUUGAAAACUAAGGAAGAUGAACUAUCAAAGUCCGUAAGCUCAUGUAGAGUGGAAGCAGAUAUUCUUACUGCAUGGACCAAUUUUUUGGAAGAUACUUGGGCUCUUCAGUGCGCUUAUAUGGAGACUAAAGACAAGUUGGCCAAUGAUGAACUGGAAAGACAUGAAGAUUAUUUUGUGAACUUGAUCAUUGAACUCCUCUCUGCUUAUGAGAGAGAACUGAAGCCUUCUAUUGAUCGUAUAGGGAAAUAUGUGGAGAACUUGAGGAGUUUUGACAAAAGGUCAGUGGUGGCAUCUGGUGCGGAUCAUGAUGAUUCCAAGGUGUUGACCCCACGAAAAAAUCUUGAGGAGGAAUACCUGGAUUAUGAAGCCAAGAUUAUAACCACCUUCAGUGUGGUGGAUAACAUGAGGGAGCAGUACUAUGCUCACCAAGGGAAAAUCUCCAGGAAAAAUGAUUCAAAAGUCCAGGAACUUUUUGACAGUAUUGAAAAGUUGAGAGCAGAAUUUGAAUCAAUUGAGAGACCAAUUCUUGAAAUGGAGACUCCAGGCCAAGAGGCAGAGGCUUCACAUGGUGAAAGGCCACAAGAAAAUGUGAUAACUCCUGCAAGGGAGGUGAAAGAGAUUCCUGAAGCCAGGGAAAAGGAGCAAAAUGAACCUUCUGCAACUAAUGUUCAGAAGAAAGAACCAUCUGCUGCCAAACCAGAGGAGGCUCUAGACCCCAACACGGAAUUUGCCAAAUUGGAGUCUGAAUUUGGCACAGUCAACGUGGAUAACUCGGCAGAAGAGGUUGGUGACUGGGAAUUUGAUGAGCUGGAAAAGGAGUUGAGAAUCGAGGACUCUGCAACCCACAAGUAGAAAUGUCACACUAUUUAAAAAACUUAGUAUCCAAACUCUAAAAACAAUGAGCAGUUGUAUACUUGUGUGUGUAUGCUUGGGAGAAAUGAUUCCUAGGCUCAAGGUUCAAACAAUUAGGCCUGGGAAUUGCUUCGUGUAUUCUCUGAAAUGCUGUACCGAGUAUUUGUUUUCAUGUAAAUACUCAAUUUGGUGUAACACUGUGUUUUGCGUAACAAACACAUAGAACUUUCUUCCAGCUACAGAAAAGAAAUCUUUUGUUUUUUCCCUCUAUUGGGAUC